UAUAAACAAACAUGGCGGCGGUGGACGUGGAGGACGAGAGUCUCCUGGCCUCCAUCUUUAAGGACCGCUUCUCCCCUGACUGCAACUCCUAUCUUUCCGAGCUGAGCUCCCUGAGGCUGGAGCAGCUGGUCCGGGAGCCGGAGCGUCUGCAAGAGGACCGGGCUCUGAUCCUCCAGCAGACCCGGGAGCUGGCCUUCAGGAACUACCAGACCUUCAUCCGGACCGCUGACUGCACGGAGCUCAUCUACCGGGACUUCAGCCGGGUGGAGGGCAGUGUGAACCGGCUGAUCAGCAAGCUGCCCGGGCUGGGGGAGAGAUGCAGGGGCUUCAUGAAGGAGGCAGAGGAGAUCGGGUCGAGCCGGCGGAUGAACAGCCUGACGCUGAACCGGCACACGGAGAUCCUGGAGAUCCUGGAGAUCCCUCAGCUCAUGGACACCUGCGUCCGUAACGGAUACUACGAGGAGGCUCUGGAGCUGGCAGCGUACGUGAAGAGGCUGGAUAGGAAACACUCGUCUCUGCCCGUCAUCCAGGGAAUCGUGCGUGAGGUGCGUCAGUCCACCUCUCUGAUGCUGAACCAGCUCCUGCAGCAGCUGCGCAGUAACUCCCAGCUGCCCGUCUGCCUGCGUGUGAUUGGCUACCUGCGGCGCAUGGACGUGUUCACGGAGGCGGAGCUCCGGGUGAAGUUCCUGCAGGCCCGAGGCUCCUGGCUGAGCUCCAUCCUCGCCGCCGUGCCCGAUGACGACCCCUACUUCCACGUCACCAAGACUAUCGAGGCGUGCCGCGUGCACCUGUUCGACAUCAUCACGCAAUACCGCGCCGUCUUCUCCGACGACGACCCGCUGCCCACCAGCCAGGUGAACGAGGCGGCCAUCUUCCACGGCUGGGUGGUGCAGAAGGUGUCCGAGUUCCUGCAGACGCUGGAGAGGGACCUGCAGCGGGGGGUGGGGGGGCGCCUGGACUCCCUGCUGGGGCAGUGCAUGUACUUCGGCUUGUCCUUCAGCCGGGUGGGGGCGGACUUCCGCGGCCAGUUGGCCCCCCUGUUCCAGCGCACGGCAGCGGAGACGUUCCGCAGCGCCGUGUCGGAGGCGGUGGAGCGGUUCAAGGAGGACAUGAACGUCUACACCCUGAUCUCCAUGCCCUCCGUGCUGGGGGGCUCCAUCCCCCCGCAGCAGACCCCCCAGCCCGGCACCCUGCAGCCCCCUAUGUCCCUGCUGGACUUCACGCCGCUGGCCUGCCUCCUCAACAACUUCCUGAGCGCCUUCAACGACCUGAGGCUGUGCUGCCCCAUCGGCCUGGCUCAGGACGUCAGUGCCUGCCUGCAGGACGCCAUGAGCACCGUGACGCGGCAGGUGUUGUUGUUCCACCGUGCGGAGGAGUCGGCGUUCAGCGGGCGAGAGAAGGACCUCUUCCUGUCGUUCUGCUGCUCCUACGCCGAGAGUCUGCUGCCCUUCAUCAACCGCUGCCUGCAGCUGCUCUUCCCCCCCGCUCAGAUCGCCCUCAUCCUGGGAGUGCCCGUCUCUCAGCUGCACAGGUUCGGUAGUCUGGGAAGCAUCGACCUCGCUGACGUCCUGCAGCCUCUCAGCUUCCUGCUGCCGCUCACCGAGCCGCUGCCGGAGAGCCAACUCCCAGACAUCUCCUCCGAUAUCGCUCCCGAACUCAGCGGCCUCACGUUGGGGACGCAGGGAGAGGAAGUGGAGACACCGCAGCAGGAAGUGGAGAUGCAGCAAGAGGAAGUGGAGACGCAGGGAGAGGAAGUGGAGACACCGCAGCAGGAAGUGGAGACGCAGGGAGAGGAAGUGGAGACGCAGGGAGAGGAAGUGGAGACGCAGGGAGAGGAAACGGGAGAUGCUGAGUAUCAGGACGAAAGCUUUUCUCUGGAGUGACGGCGAUGACUUAAAUCACUCGUAUAAUAAUAAUAAUCUCCAGCCGGGAGGAACUCGGAGACGAAUCACUUCCUGCUGUGGUGACGGGACAUUUGAAUGAUUUAUUGGAAAUGAAAGACUCUUAUUUAAGGUAACGGGGAGUCUGUUUUCCUCUUUUUAUGCACCUGCCCUGAAGUUCCAGAUCAUCUUGAGAUAUUUUUAUAAAGUGUUUUUCUUUUGGCUGAGGUGUGAAGUUGGUGUUUGGAUAAAAGAUGUGACUUUAACGAGUAAUGAAUGACCAAAUUAUUCUCAAUGCAAUUUAUUUGUACAUUUUCAUGAUUAUAUUCUGUUUGGAGGGUUUUGGAAACCUAGCUGACUGGAUUUAUCCUCAGCAGGUGUUCACACUUUCAAACAAGUAAAAAAAAAAAAGGCAAUAACUCACA